AUGACAGUGAACAGCAGUCAUCUGGAUACCAGCAGAGUGGCCUCCAGGCACUGGGCCAUAGGGGUGAUCUUUUCAGUGCAGACUUCCGUGGGGAUCCUGGGGAACUUCUCUCUGCUGCUCCACUAUGUCUCCCUGUCUCUCAGGGGGCUCAGGGUAAGGGUCACAGAUGUGAUUCUCAGACACCUGACCACAGCCAACUCCUUGGUCAUUCUCUCUAAAGGCAUCACCCAGACCAUGGCAGCUCUGGGGGUGAGGGAUUUCCUCAGUGAUGUUGGAUGCAAGCUUGUGUUCUACCUUCAUAAGGUGGGCAGAGGGGUUUCCAUGGGCACCACCUGCUUCCUGAGUGUCUCCCAAAUGGUCACCAUCAGCCCCUGGACUUCUAGGUGGGCAGAGCUGAAAGAAAGAACUUCCCAGAACACUGAUUACUACAUGACACUAAUCUGGGUGCUCCACGUGUCAGUCAACUUUGUGGUGAUGAUUCAUGUGAAUAGUAAUUUGAGUGGCAAAAACAUCACCAGGAACAGAUAUUUUGGGUAUUGUUCUGUUGCAUUUCAAAAUGAAAUCACAGCUUCACUCUUGGUGUUGUUGCUCUUACUCCCUGACGUGGCAUCUCUGGGCCUCAUGCUCUGGGCUAGCAGCUCCAUGGUGUCCAUGCUCUAUAUGCACAGGCAGCGGGUCCAGCACCUUCACAGAGCUCAUGUCACUCCCAGAGCCUCCCCUGAGAGCAGGGCCACCCAGAAUAUCCUGGUCCUGCUCAGCACCUUUGUUACCUGCUAUACCUUCUCCUCCAUUUGUCAUAUCUGCAUUGCUUUUUCAAAGAAUCCCAGCUGGUGGAUGGUGAACAUCUCUGCUCUGUGUGCUGCCUGCUUCCCCACCAUCAGCCCCUUCCUCCUCAGGAGCCCCCACUGCAGGCUGUGUGGGCUAUGCUGGGUCUACAUGGGGGGCACCAAUACCCCUAGUGUGAUGGGGACAGUGUAA